GGGCAUAAAAUCUGUGUGGUGUGAAUGCUAAAAAUGGAAGGUAACUGAAAAGGGCUAAACAGCAGCAAACAGCAACAAGUGGUUAUAACAUAUUUCAGUUAGCAAAGGGGUACAAGUGUUUGGCAAGUAGAGCAGACAGGCGAUUCUGUAACACAUAUUUACCAUAAAUGUUCCAAUUAAAUUUGAAAAAUAUCAUGGGCCAUGGGAGCCAGGCGAAUGAAGCCCAGUCCAAAAACAGGGAACCAGGAUUAUUGCUGAGAGAGAUAAGUUAAAAGGAGAAAAAAAAAAGUGGGUAAAGAAGCUUUGUUGCUCUUUUGAUCUCUUCAAAGAUUCCAUCCAUUUCCCGUCCACCACCAUUCCGCAAAUCAACUCUUUCUCCCCCUUUUUAUUUAUUAUUCUUUUUUUAAUUAUUGUUGUUGUUAAAUGUUUUUUUGUUGGGGUUAAAGAAUAAUAAUAUUAUUGGGUUUUGUUUGUUUGUAUGUAUUCUUGAUCAUCGUCAUAAUCAUCUAUGUUGAGAUUGGUGUAAACAAACAAUUGACAGGAGGAUGAGGGGGGUGGAUGUUUCCAUGUUCUUUUCCAUUCAUGUUGGAUUUUGAAGGGAAAAAGUAGAAGAAAGAAGGAGAGGGGUCAGGUCCGGUCUGGUCAGGUCUGGUCUGGAUUAGCUUCUACCUGACAAGGUCUUCUUCCUAUCUUCUUCGCUUUUUGACUCUGUAAUCAGGGAUUCAUUCGGCCUGUACAUCACUUUGACUUUAAGUUGCUCUGAUAUUGAGGCAAUAGCACUCAAGGGUUCCAAUCAGCAUGGCGGGUAUUGAUGACCAUGUUGCUAUAAUUGGAGAUUGGGUGCCCCGCAGUCCAAGCCCGAGAAUGUUCUUCUCAAUGAUGCUAGGUGAUGAUGUUGACUCAAGAGCAACCUCUGAACCUACCAACGAAAAUAGAAAUGAGGGUUUCUUUCUGGGAUCUCCAGAGCAGAUUAUGUCUGGGGAUACUGACAAAAAGACACUAGCUGGUGACUUGGGUGAUCAAUUGACUGAAUUAGGUGCAUUUUCUGAUCAGAAAUUAAGCUCACGGGGAGGUCUUGUGGAAAGGAUAGCAGCCAGAGCUGGAUUUAAUGCUCCAAGGUUGAAUACAGAAAGUAUCAGAUCUGCUGACCUGUCAUUGAACCCUGAUGUUCGGUCUCCUUACCUGACAAUCCCUCCUGGUCUCAGUCCAACUACACUGCUAGAAUCUCCAGUUUUUCUCUCGAAUUCACAUGCUCAACCCUCUCCAACAACGGGAAAAUUCCCAUUUAUUCCAAAUGUUAACAAUAGGAGCUCCAUGUUGAUCCCAGCGGCCCCUGAUAGGAGUAAAGAAGAUCUGUUUGAGGACUUCAAUACCUCAUCUUUUGCAUUCAAGCCUGUUGCAGAAUCGGGUUCCUCCUUUUUUAAUAAUGGAGCCAGCAAAAUAUCUGCUGCGACCAUUCCUCAGCAGUCAUUUCCUAGUAUUGAGGUCUCAGUUCAGUCAGAGAACUCUCUACCUUCUCAAAUUAUGGAACCUACCAAAGUCCACUCUCAGAGUAGGAACACAUUCCAUGUUCAGGCAGACUUAUCCAGAUCAUCCACUGAAAAAGAUAUCCCUGCUACUAUUGCUUCAGAUCCAACUGUCCUUGGUACAGUUGGCAGUGCUGAACAUUCUCCACCACUUGAUGAGCAACAAGAUGAGGAUGGAGAUCAAAGGGGUGGUGUAGACAACAUGGUUGGUGGUGCCCCAGCCGAGGAUGGAUAUAAUUGGAGAAAAUAUGGACAGAAGCAAGUAAAAGGCAGCGAAUUUCCGCGAAGUUAUUACAAGUGCACGCAUCCAAAUUGUCAAGUUAAGAAGAAGGUGGAACGGUCUCAUGAAGGCCACAUAACAGAGAUCAUCUACAAGGGAGCCCACAAUCACUCCAAACCUCCACCCAAUCGCCGAUCAGCCAUUGGGUCAUCUAAUCCACUCAGUGACAUGCAGCUAGAUAUACCAGAACAGGCAGGGCCACAUGGUGGUGAUGGUGAUCCAGUUUGGGCAAGCACCCAAAAGGGAACUGCUGCUGGAGCUCCUGAUUGGAGGCAUGACAACCUUGAGGUGACAUCAUCAUCUUUGGGCCCUGAAUUCUGCAACACGUCUACCACUUUGCAGGGUCAGAAUGGCACUCCUUUUGAAUCAAGUGAUGCAGUCGAUGCCUCAUCCACCUUUUCUAAUGAUGAAGAUGAUGAUGAUCGAGUGACACAUGGCAGUGUAUCAUUGGGUUAUGAUGGUGAAGGAGAUGAAUCUGAAUCAAAGAGAAGGAAAGUCGAAGCUUAUGCAACAGAAAUGAGUGGAGCCACCAGAGCAAUUCGUGAGCCUAGAGUUGUGGUUCAGACAACCAGUGAGGUGGAUAUCCUUGAUGAUGGAUAUCGCUGGCGCAAGUAUGGGCAGAAAGUUGUGAAAGGAAAUCCGAAUCCAAGGAGUUACUACAAGUGCACCAAUGCAGGCUGCACAGUAAGGAAGCAUGUGGAGAGGGCGUCACAUGACCUUAAGUCAGUUAUAACCACAUAUGAAGGGAAGCACAAUCAUGAUGUUCCUGCUGCUCGCAAUAGCAGCCAUGUCAACUCUGGUGCUUCCGGCACAGGACCUGCCCAAGCAGCAGCAGCUGCUGCUGCUGCUGCAACUGUUCAAACCCAUGUUCACAGGCCAGACUCAUCGCAAGUUCAUAACAUGGCGAGGUUUGACAGGCCUCCUUCAUUUGGUACAUUCAACCUGCCUGGAAGGCAGCAGCUGGGGCCUUCCCAUGGUUUCUCUUUCGGGAUGAAUCAACCAGGCCUGGCCAAUCUUGGAAUGGCUGGCUUGGGCCCUACCCAAGGCAAGCUGCCUGCUCUGCCGGUUCAUCCAUAUCUGGGACAGCAACGCCAGGUGAAUGAAAUGGGUUUCAUGUUGCCAAAAGGAGAACCAAAGGUGGAGCCUAUGUCAGAACCCAGUCUAAACCUCUCCAGCGGCUCUGCAGUUUAUCAUCAAAUUAUGAGCAGGCUACCGCUUGGACCUCAGAUGUAAGUACUUGGAAGGGAUGAUGCGAUUUGAUCUUUUAGCUACGCAUGUGGCUUCAAUGAACUUGUGCGUUGUUUGAAAGCCAAGUCAGCCGGAAUUUUGUUAAAUAUCAACUUUUAUUUGACUAUUGUCUAAAGACUAAGUUAUGCUGACAGGGAAUAUGGAUACUUUCAACUGUUAUUCUUGCCAGCCUUGUCAACUUAGGGUAAGCUAUGUCAUCUAGCUCUUGCCUUCGUUUGGUA